GGAAAUGAACGGAAUCGGGUUUUGACGUUCACUUGGGCAUACUGCAUGAUGGCGCACUGCUUGGUCGUGGUAGACCUCAAGGGUAGGUCAGGCGCCGUGUGGAUGCAAACUCAAUUGAGAGCUGGUUCCUGUUACCAUCUGUUACACCAUACCACACGUUUUUGCGAACAAACGCCAUCACCGCUCCUCUCGCGCGCGCAGCUACCACAGCCUCGGCACCCAGAAUGCUGCCCAAGCUCGCGAUGGAGAUCAGGUGAUAGCUGAACGGCGGAACACCUGCAAGCCGCCCCGGGCCUACCUUUCACCGCAUCAUCUACCAUCAUUUCUGCCGGCAGCAACGAGCAAAGCGCAAAGGGAAGCUGCCAGACACUCUUAUACAGAGUGGCACAAUGUCGCCGAAAUACCACAAGUUCCCGCCGGGCGAGCGGUGCGAGGAGUGCGGCUCGCGGCAAUGGUACGCGCAGGACGCGCUGCGAUACUGCCGCCGGGGCCAUCUGCUCGAAGGCUUCGCCGCGCACAGCGGGGACGAGGACGACUUUGGCACGCAGGGCAGGACGACACGCAAGAAGAAGGAGAAGCCGCAGAAGGUGGCGGUCAAGCUGUCGGGCGACCUGGGGCGCGAGCUGUACCUCGAGGUCCUGCAGCUCGUGCUGCGCAAGCAGGUCUGGUGGCUCGUCCGAGACCGCGGGUUCCCUGAGGAGCUGGAGGGGAUCGUUCAGAGCCUGUGGGCGCUCAGGGUCAGGUCGUUGCCGCUCAAGAUUGUGUCCGCGAGGAAGCCUGCAGAUGACUCGCAGGGCCGAGACGACGAUGCCAUGUCUGUGUCGUCCUCCAUGGGAGGAGGCAUGAGCUCUCAAGCCGAGAGUGUGGCCGGCGGAGAGUCGUCGUCAGAGUGGGAGCUGUCGGAUACGACGACCAAGACUUGGGAACCAGAUGUUGGCAGGCGGUGGAAGUUGCCACAUCUCAUCGACACCUUGGCUUUGUGCUAUCUGGGCUGCCUCACGAGGAGACUGCCUGUUUCUACGUCUGAUAUACACCACUGGGCUCAAGAAGGCAGACUUGAGUAUCUCUCAGCUUUCACAAAUCUACCCAAGAAUGUGCGCGAUCGCUUGCCAGCUGAGUUCCAUCGCGCACUGCAGCCUGGGGAUCAUCUUAAACACGGGCGUCUGCAGGAUGCAGCGAGAGACCUUGUCCUUGCUUUCAGAGCUAAUUUCGACGUCACCUUCCCCCCAGUGAACCAUGUCUUCACCAUCGUCAGAUACAUUCGCGAUCUUGUCCUGCCGUUCGAGUUGUACUCCAUAUGCACAGCAAUUGCCAAGAUUAUAGGGGCAGAUUUUGCUCAUCAGGCAGAUGGCCUCAAGCGGAAGGCCAUGCGUGACCCGGAAACUCUCAUGAUAGCCUUGGUGGUUGUGUCAGCAAAGCUGCGAUAUCCCUUUGAGAGUUCCGGGGGCCGUGCUGUCGGGCAGAAGGCGAUGGACUGGUCAAGAUGGGAAGCCACGAGGCACUCCAAGCCAGUUGACAACGAUCACAUCACGCCAGGCGAGGAGUACACAGUCACUGCGAACGACGUGCUCACAAUGGACAAAACGAAGCUAGACGAUUACAUGGACUGGUUCGAGAGCAUGUUCCUCGGCGACGAGAAUUCUGGGACGGCCGAGGUGCUCCGUGAGCCCUUCCUCGGCGAACCAAGACAUAGCGAAUCACGCAAGACACUUAGUCUUGAGCAGGAGAUAGAGCAGCACGACAAACACUUUGCGCAACAGUACAGGGACAUGUAUGCUACAUCCAAGUCAACGACGGACUCCACAGUGCCGCAGCAGCGUGACUACGCGGACGGGCUGUGGUGCCCGAUCUGGCAAACAGUGGAGGACCUUCCAGAUAUAGCCAGGUUCGCGUACAAAGAGGCGGCGGAUCUUGCAGCGAUACCACUAUCCACGCUUGUCCGAGCUUGUGGGCAGAUCGAGCGGCGACUAGAAGUGGUGUGUAAAGAGCGAUGGAGUGAAAGGAAGGGCAAGCGGAAAGAUAGCGAGUAACGAGGUCGCAGCGAUGCUGCUAAAUGAGCAUGAAAUAUAAGAGAGCACCUCACUCCUUGCGACAACAGGUCACCGACAAGCCACUGGUCUGUCUAUUCCCAUAUCGUCUUGCAUGGUGG